AUGGGUCUUGCCUCGUCCAAAGCCGUCAACAGCAUUGCGGUUACGGCGCACGGUGCCGGCCCGGAGAAGAGCAAUGGCCGGCUGAGCAAGGAUAGUGUGAUCGUCGAGACGAGCUAUCCGGCGAUGUCGACGAACAUUCAGCAGCCGUGCUCGAUACUGCCGUCGCCGUCCGGUAGCAGCAGUAUCGACACCUGGAAAACGUCGAGCUGUCACGUCCGUCAGGCUAGCAUACGUUCGCGAAAUCUGCAACCCAUGCCGGAUGCAGGCGAACUUGAUCGACGAUUUGCGAAAGUGUUGGCAUCUAUGGACCUUCCGCCGGAUAAGGCGAAGCUGCUGAAAAACUAUGACAACGAAAAGAAGUGGGACAUCAUAUGCGAUCAGGAAAUGGUACAGGCAAAGGAUCCCCCGGCACACUAUCUCACCAAGCUGCGCACCUAUCUCGAUCCCAAGGCGUCCCGCAGUCACAGGAAACGCAAGAUGGUGGGUGAGUCGACGUCAACGCAGGUGUUGCGCGAUCUUGAAAUAUCGCUCCGAACGAACCACAUCGAAUGGGUGAAAGAAUUUCUGGACGACGAAAAUCAAGGCCUCGAUGCGCUGAUAGACUAUCUCAGCUUUCGGUUGGCGAUGAUGCGGCACGAGCAGCGCAUCCUGGAAGCAAAAUCCGAAUCCGACGAAGGCCUCACAACGAAGGAAACCGCGGCCAACAGCUCGUACGGAAGCAACGAAACGACACACAAAAUUGCACCGAACGGAUUUAUGCGCCCCGGGCUGGGUGACAUGCUGGACAGCCCGAGCAUAAAGCGGCGGUCGAGGCACAUUGCCAAGCUGAACAUGGGCCUCACCACGGACGACAUACACGUCUGCAUCAUGUGCAUGCGCGCGAUCAUGAACAACAAGUACGGCUUCAACAUGGUGAUCCAGCACCGGGAAGCGAUCAACUGUAUCGCGCUCAGCCUGAUCCACAAAUCACUGCGCACGAAGGCGCUGGUGCUGGAGCUGCUCGCCGCGAUCUGUCUGGUGAAGGGUGGGCACGAGAUCAUCCUGUGCGCGUUUGACAACUUCAAGAAGGUGUGCUCGGAGCAGCGCCGGUUUCAAACGUUGAUGGAAUACUUUAUGAACUACGAGCUGUUCAACAUCGACUUUAUGGUGGCGUGCAUGCAGUUCGUGAACAUCGUCGUCCACUCGGUGGAGGAUAUGAACUACCGCGUGCACCUGCAGUACGAGUUUACCGCGCUCGGUUUGGACGAGUAUCUGGAGAAGCUACGGCUGACGGAAUCGGAGGAACUGCACGUGCAGAUAUCCGCCUAUUUGGACAACGUGUUCGAUGUGGCCGCCCUGAUGGAGGACAGCGAAACGAAAACGGCCGCCCUGGAGCGGGUGAACGAGCUGGAGGACGAACUCGGCCGGGCGCUGGACCAGGCGAGCGAGAUCGAGCGGGAGGCACUGUUUAAGCUGGGCGAACUGGAGGCAGACCUCAGCCGGACGCGUAACGAGCGGGACGAUUUAUAUAACAAGCAGCUGGUGGUGGAGGAUGAAAUAGUGAAGCUAAAGCGAGCGCUGCAGCAGCACGAGCAAGAAUCCCAAAGCCGACAGUCGAUGCUGCUCGAGCUGGAAAACCUCACCAAAACGCUACCCAAGGGUACGUCCAUUGCGGACGUAUCGAACCUUCUGGCGAAGGGUGGCCUAUCGGAACUGAGCCCCACCGGUACCGGUGCGGCUGGACAGCAGCAAGCACCACCGAUACCACCUCCACCCGCCCCACCCAUACCACCCUCGGCGGCCAAUGCUCCGAUGCCACCACCGCCACCCUGCCCGCCAGCGCCACCGGGCGGGCUGCUCAACGGAAGCGGUGAGCCACCGAAAGCACCACCCAAACCGCCCACAUUCAUUCCAGUGCCGCCGCCGAUGGGCGGACCGCACGGUGGUUACAAUCCGCUGCACUGCACGGACGGUGCGAUGACGAUAAAGCGCAAGGUGCAGCCAAAAUAUAAGCUUCCCACGCUCAACUGGGUCGCGCUGAAACCGAACCAGGUGCGGGGCACGAUCUUCAACGAGCUCGACGACGAGAAGCUGCACCGGCAGAUUGAUUUUGUCGAUUUCGAGGAGCGGUUUAAGAUCGGCAUGGGCGGGCCGGUAAGCAACGGCAACUGUGAUAUGGAUGGGCUGACGGCGUUCCCCAGCAAGCGGUUCAAGAAACCGGAACACAUUUCGCUGCUCGAACAUACGAGAUUAAGAAACAUUGCAAUAUCUCGAAGAAAGCUAGAAAUGCCGGCAGAAACCGUUAUCAAAGCGAUCAACAAUCUCGAUCUCAAGCUGCUGUCGCUGGAGAAUGUAGAGCUGCUGCAAAAGAUGACACCGACCGACCAGGAGCAGAAGCUUUACAAAGAGUAUGUGAUAGAGAAGAAAGAUCUGAACCAGCUGACCGAGGAGGACAAGUUUAUGCUGCAGCUGACGAAGGUCGAACGCAUCUCGUCGAAGCUGUCCAUCAUGAACUACAUCGGCAACUUCUUCGAAUGUUGGCAUCUCAUCAGCCCGCAAGUGUACUCCAUCAUGUCCGCAUCCUCGUCGAUAAAAUCCUCGAAAAAGUUCCGCGCCGUGCUGGAGGUGAUAUUAGCGUUCGGUAACUAUCUGAACAGUAGCAAGCGCGGCCCUGCCUAUGGGUUUAAGCUACAGUCGCUCGAUACACUGCUCGACACCAAGUCCAACGAUAAGCGGAUGAGCUUGAUGCACUAUAUCGUGGCCACCAUAAGGCAGAAAUUCCCCGAAUUGAUGAACUUCGAUACGGAGCUGUUCUGUAUCGAUAAGGCGGCACAGGUAUCGCUCGAGAUGCUCAUAUCGGACGUGAGCGAGCUGGAGAAGGGUAUGGAAACGGUACGCAAGGAGGCGGAUUUGCGUGGCAAAGGUACCCAAAGCCACGUGUUGCGCGAUUUCCUCGCAAACUCCGAGGAGAAGCUGAAGAAGAUCAAAACCGAUUGUAAAACGGCACAGGAAUCGUUCAAGGAAUGCAUCGAAUACUUUGGCGAAUCAUCACGAAAUGCGGAUGCAAAUGCGUUCUUCUCACUGCUAGUCCGAUUCGUACGAGCAUUUAAGACCUGUGAUCAGGAAAACGAACAACGGCGACGGUUAGAGGCGGCUGCAUUACAAGCGUCCGCUAAAAAGGACGAAGAGGAGCAGGUGGUGCUACGGAACAAUAAAAUCAAUAAUCAAAAGAAGCAACAGGAAGCAGUCAUCAACGAGCUUAAGCUGAAAGCACACGCUGUGCGUGAAAAGAAGCUGCUGCAGCAGGACGAGGUGUACAACGGUGCGCUGGAAGAUAUUCUACUGGGGCUGAAGAACGAACCCUACCGGCGUGCCGAUGCAGUGCGAAGGAGCCAACGCAGGCGGAUCGAUAGUAAUAGGCUGUCGCGAACUAUGGAAGAGGUAGAGGUGUAG